UUUUGCCUGUUCUUUGCCUCAUGUCCUUGAUCUGUGUAUUUCUGUUACUCUAAGCGGAGAAUCUGGUGCUGGUAAGACUGUAAACACCAAGCGGGUCAUUCAGUACUUUGCCAUUGUCGCAGCCUUGGGCGACACACCGGGCAAGAAAUUAGCAGCUCUUGCCACUAAAACUGGGGGCACCCUCGAAGAUCAAAUCAUAGAGGCUAACCCAGCUAUGGAAGCUUUUGGCAAUGCCAAAACCAUAAGGAAUGACAACUCCUCGCGUUUUGGCAAGUUCAUCCGGAUCCAUUUUGGCCCCUCAGGGAAGCUGGCCUCUGCAGACAUUGACAUCUACCUUCUGGAAAAAUCAAGAGUGAUUUUCCAACAACCCAAAGAGCGAAGCUACCACAUCUACUACCAGAUCCUCUCUGGGAAGAAACCAGAGCUGCAAGAUAUGCUGCUGCUCUCCCUCAACCCCUAUGACUACCACUUCUGCUCUCAGGGUGUAACAACUGUGGACAACCUGGAUGACGGCGAGGAACUCAUGGCGACAGAUCACGCCAUGGACAUCUUGGGCUUCAGCAAUGAUGAGAAAUACGGCUGCUAUAAAAUAGUGGGCGCUAUCAUGCACUUUGGCAACAUGAAGUUCAAGCAAAAGCAGCGAGAAGAGCAGGCAGAGGCUGACGGCACUGAAAGUGCUGACAAAGCUGCCUACCUCAUGGGAAUCAGCUCAGCUGACCUCAUCAAGGGGUUGCUCCAUCCUCGUGUGAAAGUGGGCAAUGAAUACGUGACCAAAGGUCAGAAUGUAGAACAGGUUGUCUAUGCUGUGGGAGCCCUGGCUAAAGCCACCUAUGAUCGCAUGUUCAAGUGGCUGGUGACUAGAAUCAACAGGACCCUAGACACCAAGCUGGCCAGACAGUUCUUCAUCGGAGUACUGGACAUUGCAGGCUUCGAGAUCUUUGACUACAACAGCUUUGAGCAGCUGUGCAUCAACUUCACCAAUGAGAAACUGCAACAGUUCUUCAACCACCACAUGUUUGUCCUGGAGCAAGAAGAAUACAAGAAGGAAGGCAUCGAAUGGGUCUUCAUUGACUUUGGCCUGGACCUGCAGGCUUGCAUUGACCUGAUUGAGAAGCCAAUGGGAAUCCUGUCCAUCCUUGAAGAGGAGUGCAUGUUCCCGAAAGCCUCCGACAUGUCAUUCAAAGCUAAACUCUAUGACAACCACAUUGGGAAGUCACCCAACUUCCAGAAGCCUCGGCCGGAUAAAAAGCGGAAAUAUGAGGCCCACUUUGAGCUUGUGCACUAUGCUGGUGUGGUGCCAUACAACAUUGUUGGGUGGCUGGACAAGAACAAGGACCCCUUGAAUGAGACAGUGGUGACUGUCUUCCAAAAAUCCCAAAACAAGCUGCUGGCCUCGCUCUAUGAGAACUACGUGAGCUCUACUUCAGCAGAGCCAGGGACCAAGGAAAAACGUAAAAAGGCAGCUUCUUUCCAAACAGUGUCGCAGCUGCACAAG